UUGAUCAUCUUCUUUAAGGUCCCCCUGGACCUCGAGUCAUUAGCGGCGAAGGUGGAUUGGUAAAGAGUUGGAGGCGGGCCCUUGCCAUUUCCUUCUCUAAUUCUCUCUGUCCCUCCCUCCUCCUCUUCCGCUUCUUUCUGUCGGAUUCUUAGCUUUUGAUUCCAUGAAGGCGAGAGAGCAAAAGCUUUUUGGCUUCUCUUCUUCGGAUACUCUUCUCCUCUUCCCGGUGUGAUCGCCUCCGAUAGCCUGGGACUUGUUUCCUUUCCGGCAAGAGAUCGAGGGAGAGAUGAUGGGAGCCUGCGGAGAGGGAAUUGGAGGGAUUUGAGGCGGAGAUUUUGGUUCUCUUUUUCUUGUUAAUUUGUAAUUCGAAGAUUUCUUUCUUUUUCUUUGGGGGCAACAAGAAAAGAAGAGGGGGGGGAGAGAGAGGAGCCAUGAUGUCGACGGGGCUUAAUCUGGUGAUGACGGUGAUCGGGUUCGCGGUGAGCACUAUGUUCAUAGUGUUCGUGUGCACCAGGCUCAUCUGCGCCAGAAUCCAGCUACGGGCCUCCAGGAGGGCAUUCUCCACCGCUUCCAGAUCCGAUCUCAGCGUCUUGGAACGUGGGAUCCAUGGAUUGGAGCCAGUAGUAGUAGCAAGCUUUCCAACAAAGAAGUUUGGUGAUCAGUACUUUUCAUCUGGACAGGAUAUUCAGUGCACAGUCUGUCUGGCAGAUUACCAAGAAAAAGAUGUAUUGCGCAUUCUUCCAUACUGUGGACACACGUUCCACAUUGCAUGCAUAGAUAUAUGGUUAAAACAACAUUCAACGUGCCCUGUGUGUAGAAUUUCAUUACGAGAUUCACCGGAUAGGAAACGUGCAAUGCAGCCUGUCUACAGUGCAGCCAUUAGGUCCUAUCAUCCAGAAACUCUUCAGUCAGACCCAUGUCACCACCGAUAUGCAGGCCAUGGCUGUUCCGCUAGGACAUCGGAGAACCAGAGAAUGGACUCCACCCGGACAGAUCACUUCGGUUCUGAGCCAUCGGGAACCUUUGGUGCAAUUUCGACAUUGCCGGAGGUCAACUGCUCCAUUAAAAAUGCUUGCCACCAUGAAACAGAGGGAAAGCACAUCGAGAGUCCAUCAUAUUCUUAGCAUUUCAAGUAUAGAAAUAUAAUUCAAGGUAUUUGGGAUUGCUCUCCACGGCAAUCUAAUUUGAAAACGGGGUCUUUUUAGAAACUAACAUCGAUUACACCAAACUAUUUACUUGGAGCUGAUUGUUCCUUUUCUUUGGGUCUUGAUGUACAUAUGAUGAUUUUCAAGUGGUGGAAUCAGCUCGGCACAAUCUUUUCUUUUGUUCAGCUAUAGCAGGAGAAUCCAGGAUUUGAUUUUUCUGGCGAUGCCUUGUUUUUGAUGUUGCAGCAUUUCUUUUGGUACAUUAUUUGAAAGUCUUCUGUUUCCAGUGAUAGGAACUGCUAGAUUCUUUUCGUCUUUGAAAUAUGAUUGCAAAUCUGUAUCUUAAUUCCUUCAAUAUUCCACUGAGACGAGGGCUGAGGUUGCAACUUUAAUCAUUUUGAACGUGUAACUUUUCUUAGGUCA